AUUUCCCAGAUUCAACAAUAUCUUAUACAUUAAUAGGGUUUGUUGGUUCUCUCCACAAAGUUAUCUUCUUCUCUCUGCACACUCUCUCACUCACCUGCUUUAAUUCAAAUCUUCUGACACCUUCUCUCAAGCUUUGUGCUUUUAUUUUCUUUCAAGAAGCUUGCUUAUUUUCUGUCAAUCCCAUUCUUCAAAUGGGCCUUUCAUGGAUUAAGCUUCUCUAAUGGAGAUUUUCUCUUUCUCACAAUCUGCACUACAACCUAACCCCUUCAUCAAGUUUUGAAAUUAGUGGAUACCCAGGGUCUCAAAGUUGGAAGGUGAGGGCCAGAAUGAACUCUUAUAUAUGACAGGUGAGACUGUCAAUCCCACCUCUCUGAAGGAUUGCAACUUGCAUUUGUUUGCAGAUUCCUCAUAGAACAAUUCUCUGUGCUCUCCUUGCUGUUCUGCAACCAAUUUUCCUUAAGUUGAUCAAAUGCCAAGAUCAAGGGGUUCAGAAGUUCCUCAAAGGCAGUCGUCUCGAGGUCCGCAUCCACUUAGGACGUCUAGCUCUGAGUCAGAUUCACAGCAUCAUCGACCAAUUACAGACCGAAGUCCCAAGCUGGGAGACCGUCGCUCCCCACGAGGUCACCAUCCUGACUCACUGAACCAGAAGAAACUGGGCAUCCGAAUUGCAGAUUUGGAAACUCAACUUGGCCAAGCGCAGGAAGAGCUGAAAGUUUUGAAAAGGCAGUUGGCUUCUGCUGAAGCUGCAAAGAAAGAAGCUCAACAAGAAUUGGUGAAUAAGGCAAAGAAACCAACUAUUAUUGAGCCUGAGGAAAUUGAAGAGAAACAUACUCCAACUGAAAUUCAGGAUCUUGAAAAGGCAGACAACAACGUUGUGAAUGAAAUGUCUGAUAAAAACCAGCAAGAAACUGAUGUUUUUGAAGUUCCAAUAGAAAAAGAGGCUGUUGAGGCCAAGGCUGAACCUGGCCAUUUGAUUGAUCAGGUAGAAGGAAACUGCACAACUAAAAUAACAACCGAACUGCUUGCAAUUUCAGAGCCAGAAAAGCCAUCAGUCCAUGAUUUAGCUUUAAAGGAUGAUGAGAUAAACAUGCUAAAAGCCAAGUUAGAAAAGAAAGAAAAUGAAUUGGAGGCAUUCAGGAAGGAGAAUGAGAAUUUGAAGAAUCUACUGAAAGAAGCAACUUCAAACAUUUCAUCUGCUAAAGCUAAGGAAGACGAGAUGUCCAUGAGGUUAACUCAGCUGGGAGAAGAGCUAGAAAAAAGCCAAGCAAAUGCAGCUCAUUUAAAGGAGAAGCUGGAAUCUGCAGAAGAAGCCAAGGCGGCCUUGGAGGCUGAAAUAAAGAAGAUGAGAGUGCAGACAGAGCAGUGGAGAAAAGCAGCAGACGCAGCAGCAGCAGUUCUCGCUGGGGCAGUGGAGAUGAACGGUAGGAUAACCGAGAGGUGUGGCUCCAUGGAUAAGCACUUUGGUGGUGUAUUUGAAACACCAGGUGGUGUUGGUGGCAGUGGUGUGUACGCGGGUUUUGUGGGAUCACCAGGAAUGGCUGAUGAGUUUGGUGAUGGUUUUGGAAGUGGAAAAAGGAAGGGGUCUGGCAUUAAGAAGUUUGGAGACUUAUGGAAAAAGAAGAGCCAGAAAUAGAGAUGAUACAACCUCUUGUUGGCAUCUGUGAUAUGUAGGCAUAUUCAAGUCUUUUGCAGUGUUUAUUGAAUAUAUGUAAGCCGUUGUUAAAUUCACCAGAGAUGAUAUUAAUAUAUUUUGCUUUGAUUUA